AUGGUUACAAAUAUUUUUACACCUCAAAGAAAUUUUAAUCAAGGAAACAGAAUUUGUCAAAAAAGACCUUUAAAUACUUCUGCACGAUCUCAAUGCAUCAUUGAAAGUAGAAGGAACCAACGAAAAAAGAGAGUUGUUGCAAAUAAGAUUUAUCAAAGAGCUCAACUCAUUAAUAAUGAAGACACAUUGAAUAGAAUUUCCAACUUACCAACUCAAAUGAUCAAUGGUCUCAAUAAUCUCAAUAAUCUCAAUGAUCUUUAUAAUAUUUUAGAAUUCUUCCAUGGUGCUUCAUUUGUUUAA